GGCGGCGCCUGGCGCGGCUCUGCGCCGAGAUGUGCCGGCGCUGCGCCCCGGCCGCCGCCGCACGCCCGCAGGUGCUGCGGCUCCUCGGCCGGCGGUUCGCGGAGCUGCACGCCGCCGUGCCCGGCCUGCCCCUGGCGAGCUCCAGGGUCCUGCCCGGCAUCGUCCUCCGGAGGGACUUCGCUGCCUACUGCCCGACGGACGGCGAGCUGCGGGCCCUGCUCGUCACCGAGCCCCUGCGGCCCGCCCUGACGGCCCCCGGUGUCGAGUUUGUUGUCGACUCGGAAGGUCAGUAUCAGGCUUCCCUGCGCUGGAUCACUGCGAGGACAGAAGCCUUAAUGAAACACUUGCAGAGUAACAAUGUUAAGCUGUUACUGUCGAGUGUGAAGCAAGAAGAAAUAGUUAUCUACUAUGCCAAAUUAUAUGGUGUGUCUGUGGUAGAGUGCUUAUCGUCGGAAGAAAUGGCCCUUAUCAGUGAAAUCACGGGUGUCUCCCCUUACGUGCCUUUUGGUGAUAGCAUGGACCGAGAGAUAACCGAAACUGCAGUGGUAACGUUUUGCCAGCCCUUACUGCUCGUCUCCAAGAGAUGUGUCCACAUUGGCUUUGCCAGCGUGUGUGCCUUCCAGCCCCAUUGCCUGAUCCUGUGUGGGCCGGUCGAUGGCGUUAAUGAGCAACAUGCUGCUGCUUUACAAGAGGCCUUCACAAUGCUGCAGCAGCUGUUUAAAACACUCGAUCAGAGGCAGGAAUGGAAAGCGGAAGGUGAAAGCCAGAGCAAAGCCUCAGAUGUUUGCACUUGGCAUUCUGCAGCUACUCAGAAACAACUGGUAAUAGAAAAUACUUGUAAUAGUAACCAGGUUUCUGAAAGUCAGUUGAAAGCACUUAGUGACGAAACAGAGAGGAAAAAUUUUGACCCUGAUAAAAGUGAUCUGCUGAUCCACAAUCAAAAGAACCACAGCACUCCUGUGUUAGUGGCACAUAACACUGAUGCAGUCGUUGCCUGUGAGUGCCUGGAUGUUGGCAAAGGUCUAGAGAAAACAUGUUGCCAUAUAGUUCCAUUUAAACAGGAGGAGAGUUGUGCAGGUAUUGCACAGGAUUACUCCAACUGCCUCAUAGAAGCGGGAUCAGUUUUGCCAGUAGGAGGUUACUUUGAAAUCCUGUUACAUUAUUAUAUUCAGGAUUACGCAAAAGAGUGUCAGCAGUCAGAGGUAAUGACCGUAUCUAAUGUGGUUGCUGAUGCUUUGCUAAGUAUUCCCAAGGCCUUGUACGGGACAGCAGAACGGGGUGGCUUUACCAAAUUCUAUCUUGAAGCCAUUAAUUUACUCCAAAAAAAUCAGCCACUGCCUGUAAACGAUGAAGGCUUAGAGUCAGUGUAUUGCAAAUACCAGUUAGUCAUUUCAGUUCUUCAUUGUGUUACAGAGCUUCUCUCCAUAGACUUAGUAAUUGGUAUUAGGCGGCCACUCAAAAAAAUUGAGGAUCGUGACUCAGAAGAUGACACUUGAAAUCAUUAAUAAAGAAUGAUUUUUGU